GUUAAAGUAGUAAAAAUGUCGUUCAUCUACGUUACAUAUACUCGGCCCCCAUUGACACAACACAUUUUCCGAUAUGGCCGCCACGGUUGCCACCGCCGAGGCUGACGACACCGAGCGUCCUGCUAUCCGGUUGGAUUCGGUCCCAGUUGUUGAUCUCCGCCUCCUCUCCCAGUCAGAACUCUACACUCUCUCCAUAUCGUCGGACUCCUCAUUCGAUCCCAACCGCUGCGACGAGGUCGUUAUCCCCAAAAUUAACCGCGCCGUUUUCAAUGAAUCCGCCGGUAGCCGUAAACAGACCUACUCUCGUCUCCGUCUUGCCUCGGCGGAGUCCUCCUCCACAACCACCAAGACCACCACCCUUCACCGACGCACACCUCACCUCCGGGCGUCUCAUGCGCACCCUUCCAACAACAUUAAUGACCCAGAGCAAGCGGAAAACUCUCAAAUCAUCCGUAUGUUGAAACAACUCUGCAAGUCAGACCCGAAUUUCCAGGAUGUAGAUCAGAUGGAAGCCGAAAACAACAGCAAUUCCGUUGUGCCUGAAUUUUUGAGUACUGAAAACCUAGGGAUAAAGAGAAAACGAGGGAGACCGCGGAAGCAUGAGAAUGUGGUAUUUCUUCGUCCCCCAACCGCCAAGAGAAUUCGGCAUAAUACGGUUAAGAAAGUCGUUGUAUAUGAUAAUGAGAUGGAUAGAGAAAUAGUAAAUGAUAGUGGUGUACCAGUCAAUAUGGCUACACUUGCCGGACUAGACGAUCCCUACGGCCCGGAGAUUAGGAGGAGGACGAUGGGAAUGUCGACGGAGGAUGACUUGUUAGGGUUUCUGAGAGGUAUGAAUGGACAGUGGGGGAGUAGGAGGAGGAAGAGGAGGGUUGUGGAUGCAAGGGAAUUCGGUGAUGUUUUGCCCAAGGGCUGGAAGCUGAGUCUCUGCAUCAAAAAGAAAGAAGGCCGUGUUUGGUUAUUCUGUCGACGCUACUUAAGUCCUAGUGGUCGGCAGUUUGAGUCAUGCAGAGAAAUAUCCGCAUACUUGACCUCUGUUGUUAAACAAGAAAACUCGGAGAAACAAAGUCAUGUGAACAUUAACACUUCUGAUAAUUUUGCUUUGGAAGGAGCUUCUGUGAAUGCUAUGGAUCUUGUUAUACAACAAGACAUCAAAACAGAUGGCCCUGUUGACAAUCCAUCAUCAUCUUCAUCACCACCAACACCAGCAGCAGCAGCGCCACCUGUACCUACAAAAUGUGAGGAGCAAGUCACCAUUGAUGAAAUGGAGGUACAAGUAGAAGACCCUUUCAAGUGCCUAAAAUGCUCAAUGACUUUUGAGGGGGAAAAUGAUCUAUUGGUCCACCAGGUGGAAGCUCAUGACACCAAAAGAUCUGAACUUGUUACACCAGUUAAUGAGCAUAUUGAAUGCAAUGUGGAAAAUGAAAUAGAGAAAGUUGAACCAUCACUUCCUCCAGCUACAGAAUUGGAUUGUGAUCCUAAUUUGAUGACUGAUGCUACUAACAAUAAGUCUCUAGCAUCAGUUUCUUCUGGAGUCAAUGUUGUAGUUGAGACUCAUGAUGCACAUUCUAAUGACAACCUUGAACCUGUUUCUCAUGACCUUAACAUUGUGUCUCCUAGCAAACAGGAUGGAAAUAGUAAUGUAGAUAGAGGUGUCUCUAUUGAAGAAUCCUGUCAUAACUCAGGUGAAAAGAGUAUUACGAAUGAUGAAGUUUCUCAAACAGAUCAAGAUCAAGAUCCUGAUGUUUCUGUUUCUGUUUCUCAAUCUGAACUAUUAGGCGAUGAAACCGAAACCCCCCUGUCCAUUAAUGAAAACACCAGAAACACUGAAACUUUAGGCGAAUCCCAUGUUAAUCCUGUUGACAAUAAGUCAGAUUCCAAUCUUGAUCUGGGUGUAAAUUCGGAAAGCUUUAUGCUUUCUUCAUUUCCAAAUGAGCAAGUGGGCAAUCAAGAUUCAGUUUCUGAUCAGCCAAUCAAUCAAGAUUCAGUUUCUGAUCAUGCAAUGAAUCAAGAUCCAGUUUCUGAAACCGGGGUUACAUUUGUUGAUUCCAUUCCUGACCAAUCAGAUUCCAUCCCUGAACAGAUGGGCAGUAAAGAUCAUGUUGGUACAACUGCUAGUAUUGAAUUGCCCAAUCCUGGAGUAAAAACAAUUGAAGAAAACUGUUUUGGUGCAAAAAUGGAUAUAGAUAUUGACAUUAAGUCUGAUGACGUGGCGACUGAAAAGGAGAAAUCUGUUGGUGAGUCAUCAUCUGUUUUUUUCCUUGGUCGUUUUGGGCUGGAUAAAGAUGGUGCAACUGUAGUCAAGAAGCUUUCUACUAAAACAAACCGUGAUCCAGUUAAAGUUGUCAAUAGUGAAACCCUAAUAUCUCCCCAAAAACAAGACUCUCCAUCUGUUCAUAACCUUGCUCCUGACACAUUCAAUAAUGUAAAUAAACUCUCAUCUGGUUUAUCAAGUUCUGGACUUGAUGGGCAAUUUGAUUUCAGGACAAAUGAUUUUGGCAGCUUUGGUCCAUCCCUGUCACCAUGGCAGGAGGAAGAGUGUGAAAAUAAAAAUCUUGGAAAUGAUGUUUCUUUUCCUACUAUGGAGGAACCCCAAAUUCCUUCAAAUAAACAAGAGGAAGAUAAAUUAGACGACUUCCAUACUUUUAGGAACAAUGAAGCAAAAGGUAACGAAUCAGUUACAUCUUUGGGAAGCAAUCUUGAAUUCUGCUCACUUAUUCCAUCUGAAAAUGAUCAAGAAUUCGGUUUUCAAGAUUGUUUGUAUGAAAGAGCCAUGGAGGAAUGUAAACAGGAAGAGAGUUCAGAAAGGGGAUUACUUGAUCAUUUCUCCAUUGCUGACACAUCAGAUGAUAUUUUUGAGAAUAAGAUGUAUUCUACAUCGUUAGGUGGGCUGAAAUUUGAUGAAGACAGAGAUAUUAGCAGCAAUGAGUUGAGUCUUGCUUUUGGGAACCCUCAUGAGCUGUAUCCAGAUUCCCUUAGAGUUGAACAGAAGAAAGAUCUUGUAGCUCCAUCUAAGAUGGAUGAAACUUUUGGUGUCCAUACUAAUUUGAGUAUGGUUAACAAUAGCAUGGUGGAUGAUCUGAAAGGGGGAAGAGGCUUAUUUAACCUUGGUUGUAAUGAUAAAAGUAGUAGCUUUCAAAAUCAGGGUAACACUGUUUACCCUGGUAGAGCAUGGGAGGAUCUGAAAAAUUCAGGAAACAAGUUUACUAGUAGUGGUUUUGGAAGCCAGAGUCAUACAGAAGUUGUAGCUGGUGGUGGUAUGUGGAAAAGUGGUGAUGGAAAUCAAAAUCAAAAUCAAAAUCAAAAUCAACAAAUGAGAAGUGGUUUAUCCAACUCUUCCUCACAUGCCCAGAUACCAUACCCUAGCUCUUUUCACUCCUUCAAUAUAAUGUCGGAAAAGGCAGGAGAUGGAGAGUUUAGAUUGGAUGAAAGUUUCUUAACUGCAGGUAGAUCACAACACAAUCCACAUGCACAUGCACAUGCACUUGAAAGGAGGGAUUCAAGGGGGGCGUAUCCAAUUCCAUACAAUGUGAAUGUGAAUGUGGAGAUGCCAAUGGAGCAACAGUUUGAUUCCUCCUCAUUUUGGCUUGGAAAAAACACCACCAUGAAUAUGAUGCCAAAUACAAAUACAUCUGGAAGUGGAAGUGGAAGGAAUCAUCAUCAGCAGAUUACAAGUGACAUGUCAACCUGUUAUAGAACUGUUUUUUUUCACUUCCUAAACAACGUAAAGGUUAAUUUAGAGGGAUGUUUCUGCUUCAACUAAUUAUCAGCAGUUGAUGGAUUUUGCUCAAUUCUGGUAUAUGCUUCUUGAAAGCUGGUUCUAAUGUGUAGUUAUUUCAAACAUUCUUAGACUUUUAUCAAAUGGUUCUCUUUGCAAAGACACAAGUUAGUAUUAGUAAAAGCUUCACAUUUUCAUCUUCUUCUAUAUUGUGAGGAUAAAUGGUGGAAUUGGGGUUUUAUUUAUUUGAUUUAAGGAUAAAUAGGACAUCACGAAAAGAAAAGAUGGGGAACCAACCAGUCUUUUUUUUUUUCUUUCCAAGAUAUGUUUUAUUUAGAACUUUAGUAAGGUUAGUUUGGUUUUGAUUGUAGGGUUCAAGUUCUUUAUGUUGAAAUUUGAUUUUUAAAUUGAAAAUUAAAAUUUAAUUGAGUGCUCAGUUUUUGC